AUGCCUCUACGUGAACGACUCCACUUCCAGGGUGGAUCAGUGAAGAGCCAACUCUGGCGCCGGUGUGAUUCGACCACCACCACCACUAGCUGCGGCAGCAGCAGUAGUCAACAAAGGAUAAAUGGCCACGUUGAGGCAGCUCAGCAAAACGGAAAUGGAAAUUGCAUUCAGGAGAAUAAGCCAGCAGCAGCAGCACGAACUUGCCGGCAAGCAUCCACCUCAUCGGAUCAACUCUGUCGCCUCAAUUCUUCUGUCAGCGACUAUGUUAAAUCCAGUCUUGAGAGCCUAACUUCCAAUUCUCCCCUUGGUAUGUGCAGUGAGGCUGGCGACAACGAGAAGGCCAAGCCGCCCCAGCCUUCCGGUCUGAACGUUGCGGACGCUCAAAGGGAUAUUGAUCCCACACUGAAGCAGUUAGACCGAUUCAGUGCCCUCAAGGACGUCUACAGGGAUGUUCUGCUGUGUGUUGGAGAGGAUCCUGACCGCGAGGGCUUGAUUAAGACCCCAGAGCGAGCUGCGCGGGCCAUGUUCUACUUCACGAAGGGCUAUGAGGAACAUAUUGGCGAACUCUUGAAUGAUGCCAUCUUCGACGAGAAUCACGAAGAAAUGGUGGUGGUGAAGGACAUUGAAAUGUUCUCCAUGUGUGAACAUCAUCUGGUGCCAUUUGUGGGUCGUGUUUCAAUCGGCUACUUACCGGCUGGUAAGAUUCUGGGACUGAGUAAGUUGGCACGCAUUGUGGAAGUUUUCUCUCGUCGCCUGCAGGUCCAGGAACGACUGACCAAACAAAUUGCGAUGGCAAUCGCCGAAGUCAUCCAGCCAGCUGGGGUCGGCGUGGUCAUCGAGGCAACCCAUAUGUGUAUGGUUAUGCGCGGCGUUCAGAAGAUCAAUGCUGUCACCGUUACGAGCACAAUGCUGGGUCAGUUUAAGGAGGACCGCCGGUGUCGCAGUGAAUUUCUUGCUCUUAUUGGGAAGGUACGAUGA